UAUACAAGGGAAUGCCAUGUUCUUUAAAAACAGUCGCACUACAACGUAAACCACAAUAGCGUAGACACUCAUGUAAUAAAGAUAAACACACAACUACGAUCAACUGACCGCCUCGGUAGCCUAGUGGUAGAGCGUCCGCUUCGAGUGCGGGAGGUCGUGGGUUCGAUCCCCGGCCGCGUCAUACCAAAGACGUAAAAAAUGGUACUAGUAGCUUCCUCGCUUGGCGCUCAGCAUUAAGAGGGUAGUGCUAGGACUGGUCAGCCCGGUGUCAGUAUAAUGUGACUGGGUGGGGUAUCAUAUCACGUGUCUACGGCGUGAUAUUCCAGUGAGGCAGCACUAUAAAGUUGGGCAUUGUGCUCACUGCUACAAGUAGACACCGUCGUUUAUAUCACUGAAAAACUGUUGAAAAAGACGUUAAACCCGAACACACACAAACACACACACACGAUCAACUGAAUAACAUAAAAAACGAACAAGCAACACAUAAGAAAACAGUAGGGCACCGUUAUAGACUCACAAACGCACCCACACAAGUAGGAAAAACAAUCAAGUACCGUCUUUUCGGCUGCCAAAACAAAGCGGAGCCACGAAAACUUACUAAAAGUAAAGGGGGAGGGGAUGCAAAAAGUAGCGUUAAUGCAGAGGAAAGGAGAGGGCAAUAGGGGGAGUGGGGCGGAGGCAAAACGCUUACAACAAACAAGAAAACAUACGCAACAGACAAUACAAGACAGACAAAACAGCCAGUUGAAAAUAGGGGCACCGCUUUGGAACGGUCAGUAACCUAAAUAAAGGGAACUGGUGGUUUAAACGCGUUUAGGGCAUGCCAACAAGUCUUUUCCUUGAUGAAAUAACCACUCUAAGCUAGGUUCCAUAUAUGUUGACUUACAUUUUACAAAAUAAUACCUCUUUUCCAACUUAGAAUGUUUUGCUUAUAAACUAAUAUUUGGACAGGUCUUCAGUCUGAAGUAGUCGAGCACGUUGUCAUUAAACAGUUCUUGUUGAGAGACGUUUAUCAGUUCUAUGAGGGUGAUAUCAUAUUUUAAUAAAUAAAAAUAUUUUACCUGAUUCGAUUUUAUUGACAUUGCGAUAAAUUAUUUAUAACCUGUUAAGAAAUUUGUUUUCAAAACAUUGUUAAUGAAAGUUUUGAGAGUUUAUUUACAUAGUUUAUUCUCACUUCAAUUUGAAGCCUUAUAAAGUGAGAUAAAUUUGAAUAUUUAUGUUUACACUCUAAUCCGUACAUUCAUUUGAUAAAAUAUCAAUACGUGCCUAAAUCAAUUCAAAAUGAUUAUUCUUUUUUAUCGAUAUCAACGGUUGGAUCAGAAAUACAUCCAUACCGUUUUGAAAAAUGAAACUUUUUAUCACUUGUAUAUUAGAAAAUGGUUUUUAUAGUGCGGACAUUUUGCAACAAUAAUUCUCGUUUUUUAAACGAACAAAAUUUGAAUAUGUUCAUGUGUUGUCACUAAGGAAAUUAUUUGAUAGGAUUAAAAUAUUCAUAGCCUUCAAAAUUUUGACCAUGUGGAUUUUAUUUUAUAUAAGUAUAGAUUUGUUUUUAGUUGAUCGUGUAGCGGGACGAGGCUUCAGAAGUUACCGUGGAAAUGGGGGAUCUGGCACCUCUUCUCUUGGUGGUAUGAUUGCAGGCUUCGUGUUUCUAGGUCUCAUGUUUCUGAUCGUAAUAGCUGUGCUUAUAUACAGAUGCUAUUCUAUGAAGCAGCAAGGAAGAACGUUUUUCCAGUCAAACACAAAUAGAACACAACCUACAAUGCCUUCUUCAGUGGUUGCAAGUGGAAAUACAACUUCUCCUCCAAAGGAUGCACCACCGCCGUAUAGGAACGAUUAUGUGCCAGAGUAUUCUACCUUUCCUCCACCACCAGCGUACACGUGGUCUCAGCAGUCUCAAGACCCAGUUUAUCCUCCCCCGCCUCCAGCAUCUAAUUAUUGAGUGAUUCGGUAUCUGGACAUAAUGUCUUUCAGUCAGAGUUCUUUCCCCUGCUUAAGUGUGCAAAGAUUGUUUUUAGAGCAAUUCCAAACAAAUGAGAAAUAGCUCAGUAGCAGUUUAUAUAAACAUUGCAUUCCUGAGAGUGUGACAUGAAAAAUGAUCACCUUCAGAUAUGUGAAUAUACGCCUCGGUCUAAAUUAAUAUUUCGAAUGGUGAACAUUUUUUAUUUCACCCUCUCAGGAGUACAAUAAUCAUUUUAUUAUACCGAAAACAUAUAAAGGUCAAAACAUUUACUAGAAAAUCAUAAUUAUGAGUAAAAUGAUUUAUUGAAAUAAUCAUUUAACGUAGAUAGUUAACACCCAAUAAAAUAAAGAUAGUAGGAGUCUUUGCUUGAGAGAACACCGAAUUGACGGGAAAUUUCUGUAAGCAAUAUAAUAGGUUUACUAAUAGCCAAGACAUUCACAUAUAUUUUAUGCGCAUAUUGCCGACAGCAGUAACAUUCGAAAAACGGCGAACUUCCUUUUUUUCUGAACGAAACAUAUAAGUGUGAGAACUAAGUUUCUGAAUCAUUUUCUAUCCGAUGAUCAUAGUUCUGAUUUAAAAUUUGAUAAAAUGUUGUUUCCGAAAUCAUUUAAAAAAAGGGCAGGAUCCACACAUGCAUGAACACUAGAAAAAUCCUAUGAUAUAUAUAAGCACCUAACUAAAAUUGAUCGUUAAAGCCCAUUCAUCAGUGUGAAAGAAUCGUAUCAACCAACGGGAGAUAUGAAAAAUAUUAUCACAAGCGCAAAAAACCAAAACAUCUGAUAUUUGAUUACGGUUUAUAUCAUAUGCACAGAAAAGAAAAUAACGGUUUUGAGCAGGAGAUAUAAAUCACCGGGAAAUAUAAUAUAUCAUUCAGUUAAACUAAUGGGAAAAACAAUAAUACACCAAAAGAAUAUGGAUACAUACAAUAAAAAAACACGAGAUAAACAAUAACUGUGGUGAGACUUACAAUAUGAAUGACACGAUAUUGAAUAACAACAUCAAAGAUACAAUAACAAUAAUGAAAUAUAGAAUAACAAUAAUGACUUUUACCAUAACAAUGUCGAAUAUACAAUAAGACUAACGACAUAUACAAUAACAAUGGUAAGACUUAGAAUAUGAAUGGCACGAUAUUGAAUAGCAAUAUUAAAGAUACAUGCAAUAACAAUAACGAAAUACAGAAUAACAGUAAUGGCAUCAUCCUUUAGCAUUUAGGUUUAAAACCACCAAAUGACGUGGACUUGAAAAACAGCCAACAGUGGUUUCUCCUUGAAGUUUUAACUUUGAAAUUUGAAUUGUUUAGAGAUUUGCAACCAAGAAUAUUUUUUUUGUAUUUGCUGUCUGAUAGAAUGUUUUACCAGACCAACUUUAUAAAGAAAGUUAGCAAAAUUAUGAUUCAGUCUAGGUGACUUGGUUUCAAAACCAUGGCAAAAAAAUCACAUUUAUUGAUAUUAUCUAGUGUAGGGAUGCACUGGGACAAUUUUUGAUGUUUAAUCACUAAAAAUUUGUUAAUGAUAGGCAAUUAUCAUGCAUUGUGCAGGUCAUGUUGCGGUUAUAUUACUUUCUGCAUGUUACAUAACUUGAUUUAUCCGAAACAGAAUCAUUAAAGCUGAUUAUUUCUAACAAUAUAGCUCGUUUUCUAAGUGCUGAAAAGCAACAAAAUAUGGUUUAAUUGUUGAUGGUGUAGAAAUAGUUAGGGACAAAACCAUUUUGCAAAAGCAAGAAUAUUAAUAUCGAACAUACAAUACAAAUAACGACAUAUACAAUAACAACAGCAAAAUUUAGAAUUGGAAUGACACGACAAUGAAUAAUAAAAACAGACAUAUAGAGGAUAUUACAGGAGUGUCUUUUCAUAUUGAAUAUUCCUGCCGAAACAUCAAAAAUUCUACUUUUACUGUAGGGAUAACCCAUGUUUUUUUUUUCGUGUUAUAACAUCUGCAGAAUCUCGACGUCGACGCCAAAGCUUUAUUACACUAGUGUAUUAUCAUUUUUAAGCUUAAUAUUACACUUCCGCGACGUCAAACAUGUGAUAAACAGGAAUAAUAAUAUAACAGAUUAUAUAAUUUAGCAACGUUUGGCAUGAUAUAGAAGGUCAUUCCGAAUUUAUGCAUGUAUUCCUACUGUUGAAUGUAAAGUGUUAAUGAUAAAGUUAUUUUAUGGAUUUGUGUUUACAUUUCGAGUUUGUUUAAUAAAUAUUUUAAUGAA